CACGCUGUGGGUUGAGCCAUGCCUAUAAGCAUCAACGUAUGGGUUCCCGCCAGGGAUCAAAGUCGGGAUUCCUGUGACCAUUAUAAAGUGAUCUACACAGACUGGGCCAAUCAUUAUCUGGCCAAAUCCGGCCACAAACGUCUCAUCAAGGAUCUCCAGCAAGAUGUGACCGAUGGCGUCCUCCUGGCCCAGGUCAUCCAGGUCGUGGCAAAUGAAAAGAUUGAAGACAUCAAUGGCUGUCCGAAGAACAGAUCGCAAAUGAUUGAAAACAUAGAUGCCUGCUUGAAUUUCCUGGCAGCUAAGGGGAUAAACAUCCAGGGGCUGUCUGCAGAAGAAAUCAGGAAUGGGAACCUCAAGGCCAUUCUAGGCCUCUUCUUCAGCCUCUCUCGCUACAAGCAACAACAGCAGCAGCCCCAGAAGCAGCACCUCUCCUCCCCUCUGCCGCCUGCUGGGUCUCAGGUGGCAGGGGSCCCCUCCCAGUGCCAGGCUGGCACUCCUCAGCAACAGGUGCCAGCCACUCCCCAAGCCCCGUGCCAGCCUCACCAGCCAGCGCCACAUCAGCCCUCAAAAGCACAAGCCGAAAUGCAGUCCAGUGCCUCAUCCAAGGACUCAUCUCAGAGCAAAAUCAUCCGCUUCACUCUGGGUCAGAAAAAGAUCUCUAGACUUCCAGGUCCUACCGCGAGGGUAUCUGCUGCGGGCAGCGAGGCCAAAACACGCGGAGGGUCAGCCACUGCUAACAACCGGCGCAGCCAGAGCUUUAACAACUAUGACAAGUCUAAACCCAUCACCUCCCCACCCCCACCCCUACCAUCGUCAAGUAGCCACGAGAAAGAGCCAUUGGCGAGCUCAGCCUCCUCCCACCCCGGAAUGAGCGAAAAUGCACCUGCUUCCUUGGAGAGCAGCAGCCCCUCCAUCCCCGCUAAUUGCAGCACUUCCUCAGCCAUCCCCCAGCCCGGUGCGGCCUCCAAGCCCUGGCGCAGCAAGUCCCUGAGCGUAAAGCACAGUGCCACAUCAUCCAUGCUCUCAGUGAAGCCUCCUGGGCCCGAGACCCCCAGGCCCACACCAGAAGCCAUGAAACCAGCCCCCAACAACCAGAAGUCCAUGCUGGAAAAGCUAAAACUUUUCAAUAGUAAAGGGGGCUCCAAGGCAGGUGAGGGGCCAGGGUCCCGAGACACAAGCUGUGAGCGGCUGGAGAUCCUACCCAGCUUCGAAGAGAGCGAAGAGCUGGAGGCUGCUGGCCGUGCCCUGUCCACUACGGGCUCCACAUCCAGCAGCCCCAAGAUUGCACUCAAGGGCAUCGCCCAGCGGACUUUCAGCCGGGCACUGACCAACAAGAAGAGCUCUCCGAAAGGYAGUGAGAAAGAAAAGGAGAAACAGCAGCGGGAGAAGGAGAAGGAAAAAGGCAAGGACCUCACCAAGAGAGCCUCGGUGACGGACAGGCCAGACCUCAAGGAGGAGCCCAAGGAAGAGCCCAGUGGAACAGCUAUGACCGAGAUGCCAAAAAAGUCCUCCAAGAUCGCCAGUUUCAUCCCCAAAGGGGGGAAGCUCAGCAGUGCCAAGAAAGAAGCCACAGCCCCAUCCCAUAGUGGAAUACCAAAACCAGGAAUGAAGAGUAUGCCUGGGAAGUCCCCAAGUGCCCCUGUGCCUCCCAAGGAAGGGGAGCGGAACCGGAGCAGCAAGCCAAGCUCUGGUCUCCCCCCACAGAAGCCCCAGUUAGAUGGCAGACACUCCAGUUCCUCCUCCAGCCUGGCAUCCUCAGAGGGAAAAGGCCCAGGAGGGGCCACUCUGAACCACAGCAUCAGCAGCCAGACUGUCAGUGGAUCCGUUGGGACCACCCAGACCACAGGAAGCAAUACCGUCAGUGUCCAGCUACCUCAGCCACAGCAGCAAUACAACCACCCCAACACUGCCACGGUUGCACCUUUCCUGUACAGGUCCCAGACGGACACCGAGGGGAAUGUCACGGCCGAGUCCAGCCCAGCGGGUGUGAACACAGAGCCUAGUCACUACACCAAGAGUGGACAGCCUGCUCUGGAGGAACUGACUGGGGAAGAUCCUGAGGCUCGGCGGCUGCGGACAGUGAAGAACAUCGCUGACCUGCGGCAGAAUUUGGAGGAAACCAUGUCCAGUUUACGGGGAACUCAGGUUACACACAGCACAUUGGAAACCACGUUCGAUACCAACGUCACCACAGAGAUAAGUGGCCGUAGCAUUCUCAGCUUGACGGGGAGGCCCACCCCUCUGUCCUGGAGACUUGGCCAGUCCAGUCCUCGGCUUCAGGCAGGAGACGCCCCCUCCAUGGGCAACGGGUACCCACCUCGAGCCAACGCCAGCCGGUUCAUCAGCACCGAGUCAGGCCGCUAUGUGUACUCCGCCCCCCUGAGGAGGCAGCUGGCCUCCAGGGGCAGCAGCAUCUGCCACGUGGAUGUGUCAGACAARGCAGGAGAUGAGGUGGACCUGGAGGGCAUCAGCAUGGAUGCCCCUGGCUACAUGAGUGAUGGGGACGUCCUCAGCAAGAACAUCCGAGCUGACGAUAUCACCAGCGGGUAUAUGACCGAUGGUGGACUUGGCCUCUACACCCGUCGCCUGAACCGGCUCCCUGAUGGGAUGGCUGUGGUGCGUGAGACCCUGCAACGAAAUACCUCCCUGGGCCUUGGAGAUGCUGACAGCUGGGAUGACAGCAGCUCCGUCAGCAGCGGCAUCAGCGACACCAUAGACAACCUCAGCACCGAUGAUAUCAACACCAGCUCCUCCAUCAGCUCCUAUGCCAACACACCAGCCUCCUCUCGGAAAAACCUGGAUGUACAGACUGAUGCUGAAAAACACUCACAGGUGGAGAGGAAUUCCCUGUGGUCUGGUGAUGACAUCAAGAAAUCAGACGGAGGGUCAGACAGCGGCAUAAAGAUGGAGCCCGGUUCCAAGUGGAGGCGGAAUCCUUCUGACGUGUCGGAUGAGUCUGACAAAAGUACGUCAGGCAAGAGGAAUCCCGUCAUCUCCCAGACAGGCUCAUGGCGGCGAGGCAUGACAGCUCAAGUGGGCAUCACCAUGCCAAGGACCAAGCCGUCGGCCCCUGCGGGUGCGCUGAAGACCCCGGGAACUGGAAAAACAGACGAUGCCAAGGUGUCUGAGAAGGGGAGGCUCUCACCCAAAGCCUCCCAGGUGAAGCGCUCCCCAUCUGACGCAGGCCGCAGCAGCGGUGAUGAAUCCAAAAAGCCCCUCCCCAGCAGCUCCAGGACGCCUACGGCCAACACCAAUAGCUUUGGGUUCAAGAAGCAGAGUGGCUCUGCUGCUGGGCUCACCAUGAUCACAGCCAGCGGGGCCACAGUCACCAGCAGGUCAGCCACACUAGGCAAAAUCCCAAAGUCAUCUGCACUUGUCGGUCGGUCAACUGGACGGAAGACGAGCAUGGAUGGGGCUCAGAAUCAGGACGAUGGGUAUCUGUCUCUCAGCUCCCGGACAAACUUGCAAUACCGGAGUUUGCCGAGGCCCAGUAAGUCCAACAGCCGGAAUGGGGCUGGGAACAGGUCUAGUACCAGCAGCAUAGAUUCCAACAUGAGCAGCAAGUCCGCAGGCCUGCCGGUGCCGAAGCUCAGGGAGCCUUCCAAAACGGCCCUGGGCAGCUCGCUACCAGGUCUGGUCAACCAGACAGAUAAGGAGAAAGGUAUCUCCUCGGACAAUGAGAGCGUGGCUUCCUGUAACUCGGUGAAAGUGAACCCGGUUGCCCAGCCUGUGCCCAGCUCGGCUCAGGCCACUCUCCAGCCCGGUACUAAGUACCCAGAUGUGGCCUCCCCAACUCUCCGCAGACUCUUUGGUGGGAAGCCUACCAAGCAAGUGCCCAUCGCCACAGCUGAAAACAUGAAAAAUUCGGUGGUCAUCUCCAAUCCUCAUGCCACCAUGAGCCAGCAAGGUAACUUAGACUCCCCGUCAGGCAGCGGCAUCCUGAGCAGUGGUGGCAGCAGCCCUCUCUACAGUAAGAACCUGGACCUCACCCAGUCUCCUCUAGCCUCCAGCCCCAGCUCUGCCCACUCGGGCCCUUCCAACAGCCUGACCUGGGGCACCACUGCCAGCAGCUCCUCAGCAGUUAGCAAGGAUGGCCUGGGCUUCCAGUCUGUGAGCAGCCUCCACACCAGCUGCGAGUCCAUUGACAUCUCCCUCGGCAGUGGAGGGGGACUGAGCCACAAUUCCUCCACUGGCCUGAUCGCCUCCUCUAAGGAUGACUCUCUGACRCCCUUUGUCCGAACCAACAGUGUGAAGACCACACUGUCGGAAAGCCCUCUCUCUUCCCCUGCUGCUAGCCCUAAGUUCUGCAGAAGUACUCUGCCCAGGAAACAGGACAGUGACCCGCACCUUGAUAGGAACACUUUGCCUAAGAAAGGACUCAGGUAUACUCCCACCUCCCAGCUUCGCACACAAGAAGAUGCAAAAGAAUGGUUAAGGUCCCACUCUGCUGGAGGCCUGCAGGACACCGCCGCCAAUUCCCCUUUUUCCUCUGGCUCCAGUGUGACUUCUCCCUCUGGAACGAGAUUCAACUUUUCCCAGCUUGCGAGCCCCACCACUGUCACCCAGAUGAGCUUGUCCAACCCGACCAUGCUGAGAACCCACAGCCUGUCCAACGCCGAUGGGCAGUAUGAUCCGUACACUGAUAGCCGCUUCCGGAAUAGCUCCAUGUCCUUGGAUGAGAAGAGCAGAACCAUGAGCCGUUCGGGUUCCUUCCGGGAUGGGUUUGAGGAAGUUCAUGGAUCCUCGCUCUCCUUGGUUUCCAGCACCUCGUCCAUUUAUUCUACACCAGAAGAAAAGUGCCAGUCAGAGAUUCGCAAACUGCGGCGGGAACUGGAUGCCUCCCAGGAGAAGGUUUCUGCGUUGACCACCCAACUGACAGCCAACGCUCACCUCGUGGCAGCCUUUGAACAGAGUCUUGGAAACAUGACCAUCAGGCUCCAGAGUCUAACCAUGACAGCUGAGCAGAAGGAUUCAGAACUGAAUGAGUUAAGAAAAACCAUCGAGCUGCUCAAGAAGCAGAAUGCAGCUGCCCAGGCUGCCAUUAAUGGAGUAAUUAACACUCCAGAGCUCAACUGCAAAGGAAAUGGCACCUCCCAGCCCACGGACCUCCGCAUCCGCAGGCAGCACUCCUCUGACAGCGUCUCCAGUAUCAACAGUGCCACCAGCCACUCUAGUGUGGGCAGCAACAUAGAGAGUGACUCAAAGAAAAAAAAGAGAAAGAAUUGGUUACGCAGCUCCUUCAAGCAAGCUUUCGGGAAGAAGAAGUCUCCCAAGUCAGCAUCCUCUCACUCGGACAUUGAGGAGAUGACAGAUUCUUCUUUGCCUUCCUCACCAAAGUUGCCCCAUAAUGGAUCCACGGGCUCCACUCCUCUGCUGAGGAAUUCUCACUCCAACUCUCUAAUUUCGGAGUGCAUGGAUAGUGAAGCCGAGACGGUCAUGCAGCUCCGAAAUGAGCUGAGAGACAAGGAGAUGAAGCUCACGGACAUCCGCCUAGAAGCGCUCAGCUCUGCCCACCAGCUUGACCAGCUCCGGGAGGCCAUGAACAGGAUGCAGAGUGAAAUAGAGAAGCUGAAAGCUGAGAACGACCGGCUGAAGUCAGAGUCUCAAGGCAGUGGCUGUAGCCGGGCCCCCUCCCAGGUGUCCAUCUCGGCCUCCCCAAGGCAGUCCAUGGGCCUCUCCCAGCACAGCCUGAACCUCACUGAGUCAACCAGCCUGGACUUGUUGCUGGAUGACACUGGUGAAUGCUCGGCUCGGAAGGAAGGAGGCAGGCAUGUUAAGAUAGUUGUCAGCUUUCAGGAGGAAAUGAAGUGGAAGGAGGACUCCAGACCACACCACUUUCUUAUUGGCUGCAUUGGAGUUAGUGGCAAGACGAAGUGGGAUGUGCUCGAUGGGGUGGUUAGACGGCUGUUCAAAGAAUACAUCAUUCACGUUGACCCUGUGAGCCAGCUAGGGCUGAAUUCGGACAGUGUUCUUGGCUACAGCAUUGGGGAAAUCCAGCGGAGCAGCACUUCUGAGACCCCAGAGCUCCUUCCCUGUGGCUACCUGGUGGGAGAGAACACCACCAUCUCUGUGACGGUCAAAGGACUCGCAGAAAACAGCCUGGACUCCUUGGUGUUUGAGUCCCUGAUCCCCAAGCCCAUCCUGCAGCGCUACGUCUCCCUGCUCACAGAGCACCGGCGGAUCAUUCUCUCUGGGCCCAGUGGCACCGGGAAAACCUACCUGGCCAACCGGCUGUCGGAGUAUGUGGUGCUUCGAGAGGGACGGGAAUUGACCGAUGGGGUCAUCGCCACCUUUAAUGUGGACCAUAAGUCCAGCAAGGAACUGCGGCAGUACCUGUCCAACCUUGCCGAUCAGUGCAACAGUGAGAACAAUGCUGUGGACAUGCCCCUCGUCAUCAUCCUGGACAACCUGCAUCACGUCAGCUCUCUGGGCGAGAUCUUCAAUGGGCUGCUCAACUGCAAGUACCACAAAUGCCCUUACAUCAUUGGCACAAUGAACCAGGCUACCUCUUCUACUCCCAACCUGCAGCUGCACCAUAACUUCAGGUGGGUGCUUUGUGCCAACCACACAGAGCCCGUGAAGGGUUUCCUUGGCCGGUUCCUGAGGAGGAAGCUCAUGGAAACGGAGAUCAGUGGACGGGUGCGGAAUGUGGAGCUGGUGAAAAUCAUUGACUGGAUUCCUAAGGUCUGGCAUCACCUCAACCGCUUCCUGGAGGCUCACAGCUCCUCAGACGUCACCAUCGGCCCCCGGCUCUUCCUGUCAUGCCCCAUCGAUGUGGACGGCUCACGGGUGUGGUUCACCGACCUGUGGAACUACUCCAUUAUCCCCUAUCUCCUGGAAGCAGUGAGAGAAGGACUCCAGCUCUACGGAAGGCGUGCCCCCUGGGAGGAUCCUGCCAAGUGGGUGAUGGACACCUACCCAUGGGCAGCCAGCCCACAGCAGCAUGAAUGGCCUCCCCUGCUGCAGCUACGGCCUGAGGAUGUCGGCUUUGACGGCUACUCCAUGCCUCGCGAAGGGUCCACAAGCAAGCAGGUGCCCCCCAGUGAUGCUGAAGGAGACCCACUGAUGAACAUGCUGAUGAGGCUGCAGGAGGCAGCCAACUACUCCAGUCCACAGAGCUACGACAGCGACUCCAACAGCAACAGCCAUCAUGAUGACAUCCUAGAUUCGUCCUUGGAGUCCACUCUGUGACAGGGGUCCAGCCUGAAGCCAGCUCUCCUCCUCAACCCAUCCUCCUGCAUCCUCCAUGUCAUCCUGAAGAUAACUUCCUGAGCCAGCCCCCCGGCCGCAGCUGUGAGCUGCAGAAAUACUGAGACCCUUCGACCCUCAGCCUCGACCUGGGUGCAAGCAUCCCAGGCCAGCCGCCUGGGAUCACUUCCUUCCAUGGUGAGAACUGCACUACCUUCUGUCGUACUCUAAUUCUUGUUUUGCCUUGUUGCUGUGACCUCCCUAAGACACUGAAGAUGCUUCUCGGGAAAGGAUUGUCACCGUUGAAAUGAAAAG